UAGAUUGUGCUUAUGAGCUAAAGAUACAGAGAUACACAAGCCAAAAGAUACAUACUACAAUUGAAGGCGAGGGUGAACUUGGAAAUCUUGCUGUAUCCAUCCAUGGUUCCCACUCUCACUUCCAAUUCAUCUCUGUUACCAACCUCGUCUCACUCCCUCAGGAGCCCAAGGCUCAGAGUCUUUGCUAAGAAGUCUGGAGCAUUCCCUUCAUUUGGGGUGGGCAAACCUAAAGAUGAUUCUUCUCCUGAAGAAGGAGGCCAACCAGCUGAUGGCUCAUCCAAAUCCAACCCUUUUCGUUUCAACUUUGGAAAGUUACCUGAUGUGACAUCCUUGAUCCCAGUUGUGAACAACCCUUCUUCACCAGGUUUGUCAUUUGGAAACACAAGGCGAAAGGAUCCUUCAACCGUGUUUGUUGCUGGCGCAACAGGCCAGGCUGGUAUUCGCAUUGCACAAACACUGCUAAGGGAAGGUUUUAGUGUACGAGCUGGAGUCCCUGAACUUGGUUCUGCACAAGAACUGGCUCGUCUUGCUGCUCAAUACAGGAUUAUAUCAAAUGAAGAGGCAAAGCGUCUAAACGCUGUGCAAUCAAGCUUUGAUGAUGCAGACUCAAUAGCUAAAGCAAUAGGCAAUGCCAGCAAAGUGGUUGUCACCAUUGGUUCCACAGAGAAUGGUCCAACCGCCGAGGUUUCCACGUCAGACGCCUUGCAAGUAGUUCAGGCUGCACAGCUGGCGGGUGUUGGCCACGUGGCUGUUAUCUAUGACGAGAACACAGCCGGCAACUCAACCUACAAUGUACUGGAUGGCAUCUCCUCGUUCUUCAACAACCUGUUCUCCCGGUCUCAGCCAUUGACCAUACAAGAGUUUUUGCAGAAAGUGAUUGAAACAGACGUCAAAUAUACCUUAAUCAAGACAAGUUUGACUGAUGAUUUCUCUGCGGAGAGUUCCUAUAAUGUGGUCGUCUUUGGCGAAGAAAGAGCCCGCGCGAACGACUAUAAAGUAGCAAAGUCCAAGAUAGCAUCGUUAGUUGCUGAUGUCUUUUCCAACACCCAGGUGGCAGAAAACAAGGUUGUGGAAGUUUAUACAGAUCCAAAUGCCCCCUUGAGGCGUGUAGAUGAACUUUUCAGCACUAUUCCUGAGGAUGGCAGAAGGAAAGCCUAUGCUGAACUGCUAGCGAAAGCUAAAGCAGAGGAAGAGGCAAGAGUGGCUGCUGAAAAAGCCCGUGAAGCUGCUGAAACAACAAAGAAGCUUGAAGAAGAGGUGAAAAAGCUUUCACAACAAGAAGCCCGGGCUGCUAGUCUAGCUCAAGAAGCCCAAGACAAGGCAGAGGCAGCUGGGGCUUCGGUGGAAAGCCUCUUGAACAAGGCAAAAGAUUUUGGUGCAGGGUUCUCCUGGCAAAAGUUCAGCUCACAGAUUUCUACCUCAAUCCAAAAGCCUGAUGAGGAUGAGAAUACAAAUGUGCAGCUAGCCACUGUAAGGGGACAGGCCAAGGCUCGGAGUCUCACUCCUAACAAAGCAGUGGUUAAACAAACAGCUCCAAGAAGCGAUGCUCGUAAACCAAAGGAGCAAGCAGAGAAACCAAAGGAGGUCAGGAAGGUGUUUGGUGGCCUGUUCAAGCAAGAGACUAUCUAUGUUGACGAUGACUAGUGGAAAUGGAACAUGUCUUGCACAGGGUAAAACUCUGUUGUUUGAGUCUCUGUUAACAUAUAGAUAAUUUGGUUGGAUGUGUAUGGUUUUGUAAAGUUCUAUGUUUUGAAACAAAAUAUUUAUGUAGUUUUACUGGUUUAGAACCCUGCAACAAUCAGAUUAGUAGGGGAGAAAAAAUAAAAAAAAAAAGAUUUUCCCUUAU